AUGUGGCAGCCACAAGCUGCAGCAGCAGCAGCGAGUGCCAAAUCUAAGCGUGUCGAUUUCUUUGCACGCACCGGUGAUAAUUUGGUGCGUUUACCGUUCUUUGGUGGUGGGGUCGCUCAGCUGUUGCGCUACCUGCGACCCCUUGACCCCACAGCAGAUAAUGGCGGCCUGGCCAGACGCUCAGCUCUGCGGAUGUCCCUCGACGAGAACUACGUCAGCUAUCGGGGCGCUCAACUCUGGAAGCUCAACUUUAAUGGCACACGCAAAAAUGGCGAUAAUUCACCGGAUGCCCAAUUCACACAGUUUGUCGAAGACUUUGGCAGCGAACUAUGGAACAUCAAUCAGGAUGGCAUCGAUGUCCUUAUCGAGCAUAAGAACGUGGAGGCAGCCAAACAGUAUAUGGCACAGACAUCAUUUACCUAUAAUAUCAUGAUCGAUGACAUCGAGAGGGCCAUCGAUGAGACGUACACGGAGAUCAGUGAGGCGGACACGGAUAAUACGCUGGCCAAUUACUCGCUGCCAUGGCUGAAUCGGGAGGGUUCACUGUUGACAUGGCGUCGCUAUCACGACCAGGCCGAUAUGCAACAGUUUAUGCAGAAUAUACUCGAAAAUCAUUCCGAACUGACGGAGAUCAUCCAAAUUGGAAUCACACGCAACAAGCGUCCGCUGGAAGUGCUCAGAAUCUCGAAUGGCGAUCCGAAUAACUGGGCGAUCUUUGUGGAGGCGGGCAUGCAGGCACGAGACUGGUUGAGUCCCGCCGCUCUGACCUAUGCCAUCUCGAAGCUGACCUGGCUGUGGGAGGAGGGUCUGGCGGAUAAGUCGAUGCAUCAAAUCGAUUGGUAUUUUCUGCCACUGGCCAAUCCCGAUGGUUAUCAGUACUCCCGCCUAACCGAUCGCUUGUGGACAAAGAAUCGCAAUUAUGAUAGUGCCACGCGCUGCUAUGGCGUCAAUUUGGAUCGCAAUUUUGAUUAUAGUUGGGGUGAGGCUGGCUCCUCGUCGAAUGCCUGUGCAAAUCUCUAUCAUGGCGAGAAGAGUUUCUCGGAAGCGGAAACUCGAGCAAUGCGCAACUUUCUGCUCGGCAUGCGUGACUAUUUGGGUGCGUAUGUCUCCUUCGGUGGCUAUGGCCAGGCCAUCACCUAUCCCUGGGGCGAUGACGACUAUGUGACGACGAAUCAGCGCCAGUUGCGCAAAACUGCCCGCCAGGCCGUUCUCAAUUUUCGCCGGCUCAAUCAUGCCGAAUACACCAUGGGCACCAGCUUCAAGCAGAAGCUGGCGCGGGGUGGCAAUGCAGCCGAUUGGGUGCAGCAUCGCAUUCAGCCGCAGUUUGUGUACAAUGUGUUCCUCAAGGAUCAGGGACGUUACGGCUAUCUAAUGCCGCCACACUACAUACUCGAGUCCGGCGAGGAGGCCUUCGAGUUUCUACGCACAGUCGCCCAACAGCUGGCGAGAAUCAAAUAUUAA